UCUGCUUUUUAUUAUUAUUCACAAUCGGUACAAUGGAAUGAGCUAUUUUCGUGUUUUGCUUUUAUCUGCUGCUUCGUAACAUUCGUACCAGCAGAGAAUGUAAAAAAUAUAUAUAUAUAUAUAUCAGUUCCUAUCUAUCUAUCGUCGUAUUUUCAGUUGGCAGCUUUUAAUAUCAGAGUCAUCGCAUCUGAUUUCACAAUCCAUUGUAUAGUUUUUCGCCUCAACAAAUGAAGUUGCACAUUUGAAGCUGGUUAUUUUACAUAUAUAUUGAACCAGAAAGAGAAACAAACUUGAACAUUAUUCAGUGAGUUGCAGAAUUUGAAAAGAAGAACAUUCACGAAUAUACGCGAAGGUAUACAUAUCAAGAAAAACUAGCUGGUACAGCGCUGAUUCAGAUAACAUUUAGUUGCAAGAACUCAACUGCGCAAUAUAUAAACUUCGGAAAAAGUUGCGAAACGCACAUAAUUUGAAAGUAAUUCUAGCCGUCAGGAAGUGUUUCAAGCAGUAACAACCCUCAUAUUUAUAUAUAUUAUAUAUAAAUAAAAUAUUAACAAACGCUUGUACAACAGAAGAUCAAGGAUAAUAUUGUGCGAUAAAUCGAUUGUUUAUUAAAAAGUUUAAAUUCACAUAAAAAGAAAUGGAGAUUUUCACCGAGUUAAUGAAAGUCACUUACGAUGAUGGAAAUAGUAAACUCAAUAUAUACAUCAAGAAGCCAUCGCAUAAUUACAAUGUCAUAAAGGAUACCAUUUCAAGACAACUCUUCGAUGAACGCAAGCUAUCAAAGUUUGCAUUUAAAACUACCUGGUUUGAUGAAGAUGGUGAUGAAAUCGACAUUUGCAACCAAGUCGACUAUGAUUUGUUCCUUUAUAAACGGUCGGAAAAAUUACAUUUGUACAUCACACCAUCGGAGCAGUGGAAGAAAACGUUUAAAUUUGCGGACAAGACCGACCAGAAUGAUGAUGAUCCAAGCGCUUUCGUCAUACACGAAAAUGUAGAAUGUGAUUCUUGUGGUUUGGCCCCAAUUGUGGGUUUUCGCUACAAGUGUAUCCAGUGUUCGAAUUACGAUUUAUGCCAACGUUGUGAGGCCAAGCACAAACACCCGGAGCACAUGAUGGUACGCAUGCCAAAAGAAAACUCACCCAGCAUAAUUGAUGCUUGGAUAAGUACUCCAUGUGGGCGAGGUAACGGCCGCCGAGCAAAGCGUGAACGCAAGAGUUCAAAUGCUGGGGGUUGUCCAUUUUUUGAUACUGGAGCAGCAGGAACACCUGCAGCAAAUGAAAAUUGCGCUAAUACUGAUGCCGAACCAAAGAUUGGAAACCAUCAUCACCAUCACGAACGCAAGCAUCAUCGUCGUCAAAUGCGCAACGGCUUUUUAUCUCACAUGUAUGAAAUGAUGUCCGACCUCGCCGAAGGAGGCGCCACAUAUAGACAAAUGGAUGAAAGUGCUCCCAAUACUCCAUCAGCUCCUUCACCACCAAAGGAAAAUAAAUCUACAAAGCCAAAUGAUGUUGAUGUUACAAGCGAAGCGGCUAAAGCUGCAUGUGAGGCAGCAGCAAAGACAGCUGAAGCAGCUACUAAAAUAGCUGCCGAAGUAGCAGCCCAAGUAAACAAGCAGGCUGCUGAAAUAACAGCAACAGUUAAUGAACAAGCAGCUGCAAAUGUUUUGAAUGAUUUACUUAACGCAACAGUUGGAAAUCAGACUAAUAAUGAAGAUGUAGGUGCAGCUGGUGGAAAGGCCACUCCUAACAUGGCUAGUACUGGAACUUCAACUCCUACAUCUCAAUCCGAUUCAAGCAAUAUUAACAAUAAUCCAAAUGACAACACGUCGGUGCCAGUUACACCAACUAUAGAAGAUUUCGCUCAAUUCAUUGAUCCGAAAUUCAUGAAAGCAGGAAUACAGUUGCUUAAUAAUUUCAGCGGUAUGUUCGCAAAAAUGCUCGACCCAAUGGAUGGCGCUGAUGACAACAGUUAUGCAUCUGCAUAUGCUGGUACUGGCUACCAAGCACGCAAAAGCUCUUCAGCUUCAGCCGCAAGCUCAAUGCGCUCGGCUGCAAGUUCCACAAGCACUAAAGCGAACUCAAAUGCUAAGCAGACUACCGAAGCAGAAAAAUCAAAUAACGAGCAAUCCAAAAAUUCUGGUGUAACUGCGGAGCCAAUCAAUCCUGAUACAACAACAAAUUCUUCUGCAAUUAUCAUGGAAAAUAUCAAUGAAAAAUCGCGCACUCCGGAACGCAAGCGGUCAGAGAGUGAGGAAAAUGACUGGCAAAUGAUUGACAAACAGGCUGCCGAGUCCACAACAAAUUUACUUAAUAUUUCUGCUGCUAGCUCGACCGAAACUAUAGAAAAAAUCGAAUUACCCGGUGCCGUUGGUAUAACGCCAGCUACUCCAGCAUCAACACCAGUUGUCGAAAACAUGUCUCCAAAGAGCAAUUCUGAUAUAAGUUUUGAACAACUCAGCAUGGAUUUGAAAAAUCAUGUUGAAAAGGAAAAGUCGCUUGAUCGUAUCGAAAGAAGAAUUAAAACAGCUGAUGUCUUGAAUGCUCAGUCUGAUUCUAUGACUAACAACAACACGCCCACAACAUCCGUUAACACUGGCGCUACACCCAAACCACAGAACCUAGCUGUGCUCGUUUAUCACAAAGAUCCUAGUAUCAAUAAAGCUAUACAUGCUAUGGUAGCUAUGGGCUUUAGCAAUGAAGGAGGAUGGUUGACACAAUUGCUCGAGUCGGUCAAUGGCAAUAUUUCGGCCGCAUUGGAUUUGAUGUCACCGGCACAGAGCCAAGGCAACAAUUGAGAUAUCUAUAUAUAGCUGCAAAGCCUGCUGCUAAUUUAGUAUUUUAGGAUCAUUUUUCUCUCUGAAAUGCGUGUUUAUUUUUUUUUUUUUAACAAAAUCAUCGUCCCUAUACUAUAACCGCGUAUGCAUUCGUUUCUUUGCUGAAACGGUAUAUCUGCACUACUCACACUGUCAAAAGUGUAUUCAUUGCCAUGAGCCUUUAUCCUGAAAUCACUCGCUUUAUCCUACCCAUAUAAUUUUUUUCCUUUUGUUCUUUGAUCAAUGAAAUGCGAAUUUGAAUAUACAUACAUACACGUACAUAUACAUAUACAUAUAUUUUUUUUUAUUUUAUGAACCAAUAUAUAUUUCAUAUUACUUACACACACAUAUUUAGCAAAGCUUAACAUUUUAAUAUAUUUCAUGAAUCUAUGAAUGGCUUUUAAAAUGGUUUUCUCAAUUAUUAUAUAAUAUAUACGAAUUCAAUAAAUCUUAUCCAUAAAGGAAUGUAAUUAUAUCCACAAUAAAAAAUAUAUAAA